CUAUUUCUAACAUCGUCUAUGUAUUUUUUAUGUCGUUUCAUACGUUUUGAAAUUUCCCUGAACUGUCUGGCCAUGACAGGGCUGAAUUCACGCACUGGAGUGGCAUAGUCAAAGUCCAAUCCGGAGCACAAAUCCAAUUGCGAAUCGACAGCAGGACCUAAAACCUGCCGUUGAGACGCUCGCCUUGUAACAGGAUGUAGCAGGAUGUAACAAGCCGGUACAUCCUGCAAAAGACUCGCAGCUGUAAUUGCGGCAAGAAGAGGGCUUUGAAAUAAACAAGUAGUCUGAUUUGUAAAGCCUUUAAAACCACGUAUUCAUUUCCUCCCUCUAAGCAUCAACAGCGCCGAAAAUGGAAGCGCGCGGCAGGACUGAAGGGGAGGGGGGUAAAACAGGCUCCUGCUGUGUUUUACUCUGGGGGUAAUUAAAACCUUUGACUGACAGCAGAGAAGCAAAAGGCGCAGACGCGCUGUGAUUGGUCGGGGAGGGGGGGCUGCGCUUUACAAUCCCCUCUUGUUUCCACCCUCAGCGCGCGCUGGGGCUUCAGCUCGUCCAACUUUCGCUGAAGCCGGACGCAGACGCACAGGGCGGCAGAGCAAAGUUGGAGAGGCUUCCUCCGCACUCGCCUUCCGAGUCCCCCCUGAUAAAGUGAACGCCGCGGGUAGGACUCGAAAACAACAACAAACAACAACAACAAACAUGAGGUCCGUUCCUGCUCUCUGGAGAACGAUCGGGAUGGUCGUGACGGUGGCGUUCAUGUCGGCGUGCAGAGCGUCGGAGUACGAGUACGUGACUUGGAAGGUGGAUUUUUCUUCGAGGCCCAUCUACGGCAAGUCCCCCCAGUGCGUGGGGAUCCCGGAGGACCUGCGGCUCUGCCACGGCGUGGGCUACGCCGAGAUGCUGCUGCCCAACCUGCUGGAGCACGAAACGAUGGGGGAGGUGAAGCAGCAGGCCAGCAGCUGGGUGCCGCUGGUGCACAAGAGGUGCCACCCGGGCACGCAGGUCUUCCUCUGCUCGCUCUUCGCACCCGUGUGCCUGGAUCGCCCCAUCUACCCGUGCCGGAAGCUGUGCGAGGCGGUGCGGGACGGCUGCACCCCGAUCAUGGAGGCGUUCGGCUACCCGUGGCCGGAGAUGCUCAUCUGCGACAAGUUUCCCGAUCAUGACGUGUGCAUUACCAUGGCGCCCAACGUCACCGAUGCCCCCGAGACUACAGCUAUCAAGGCCAAGAUAAAGGAGGUGAAACGAGAAAACGCGGACCGCAAGGUGAUCCUGCAAAAAAGAAAGAAGUUGAUAAAACAAGGGAACCUGAAGAAGAAAGACCUAAAAAAGCUGGUGUUGUACUUGAAGAACGGCGCGGACUGCCCAUGCCAACAGCUGGACAACAUAGCGAACCAGUAUCUAAUCAUGGGACGGAAGGUGGAUAAGCAGUACCUCCUCACAGGCAUCCACAAGUGGGACAAGUCCAACACGGAGUUCAAAAAGGCCAUGAAGACACUGAAAACCCACCAAUGUCCUGAAUUCACCAACGUCUUUAAAUAGUACACCCGCAGCCCCUGAAUCUGGUUGAAUUGCAUUCUACAUUUGAACUGGCAAAAGCACCGCCAAACUUUGCUUUCUGUUGUCCUGUUUAUAUUCCUACAUAUCUCUGUAUUUUUACACAUAUUCUUCAGAAUGUCCGCUGUUCGGUUUAGGAUAAACUCGGCGGUGAAUGACGACAAAAGGUGAGUUUAAUGUGAGCCCUUCAGGUCAAGGGGAAAGACUGCCGAGUCAGAGGGUGGGUUGGUUUUUCUGACCAAACGCUUGUAUUUCUAAGAGUUAGAUUAAUUCUGCUUACAAGUUUUCUAUGGUAAACAUAAAGUUAUGUCAAUUUUAUUUUGAUGUAUGUAGCUGAAAGUAGCAAACAUUAUAUAAUUGUUGCUAUGGAUAGGCCUUGCUAGCAUGUUCCUGCUUCAAUGUGCUAACGCCGGCUAACCCUGAAAAGAGGCAAGAAAACCUAUUCUUGAGUCUUGAGAACUUAUUGUUUUAACCUUGAUGUGUGUGCUUGAGCUUUGACAGUGACAAAAAGUAUGAGAUAUUGCUUCUAUAUGAUAAAUACAUGUCAAGCUGAGCGAAACACAGUUAGCAUUAAGGACAUGCUUUUUGUUGGGUUUUAUGAUGCACAUUGCGAAGUCUUCUUUAGUAUCGAUUCAUGUGUUUUUCUGUGUGUUUAAAAUGCUAAAUCUGGCACAGUGUAUCUAAACUUGGUGUUUAUGUCUGUUCUGCUUUGACAUUUCUGGUCCACUUUAGCACAAUUUCUUUUUUCAUAUUUGAAUGUCAGUAUUGCUCAUUACGUAUACUGUACAUAUAUAAAUUUGACAUAAAAUAUGAAAAAAUAAAACAGUGUCACAAAGUAUUAA